GUUUAUUAUAAUGAGCCAUAUUUUGAGCACGAGUUUCACGAAUCGCUAUUAGAGCCGAUAAUACAUGAGCCCCAGUAUAUCGUCAAACUCGUGGCACCGAGAAAACGGGGGCGAGACAGUGGGGUAAAGGAGCUGCUCCUGGUAUUAGCCCCGUUGGCCGCACUACCCCUGAUCGGCAGUAUGGCAAUGACCACAUUCACCACGUUGUUUGCCACGGGAGGUCUCGGCCGACGCCGUCGACGCCGCGAUCUCUUGACUCGAGAGCUGUUUUCCCGGAGUUUUACUGAAGUGCAGCCGACAGAUGCCGGCGAUUACCUUCACGAGCGACUAAUUGGCGGUCAGCAUAAUGUGGGACUCGAGAGUUUGUUAGCCAGUGGUAACUUUAACGCUGGCAACACCGGCAACACUGACAGAUUUGGUUCGCAAAUCACACCGAAAUCACAAGUUAUUGGCGUCAAAGCUAAAGACACAGAUAAUUGGAGACCAAUCGAUACCAGCGCUGGUAAUACCAGAACAGGUGCUGUCCAUAAAAGUCUCCAUAAGACUAGUAAUGGUAACGAAAGCGUCGAUUCUUGGGUUAAGGGCUUUGAAGAGCGUUCGCCACAAAUGAUAAGACAUUCAGAUCUGAUUUUAGCCAAAGGAGGAAAGAGAGGAGUAGUAGAGGAAAGUAGUAGUGGUAAUGGGAUGACAGCACUCGGCGCACAGAUCGCUAUAGUGGAGCCAAUAUAUCGACAGCAACAGCAACAACAACAGCCAUACAUGACUUCAACGCAAAAGUCAGCUUAUCGUUCAAAAACAGACUUUAGACCCAAUCUUAUUGUUCAUCCAAACAAUGCCAAUAAUGAUAGCGUUUCGCGACUUUUUCACAACGAAAAUAAAGGAUUAGUUGACAAUAAUUUGGCCGCACUUUCCAAGAACUCUCGAGCGGCGGAUCCCAGGCUUACGGACCUCAGCCCUCACGAGUCGGCCACUAUUGUUAAGCGCGUCGGAACCCAAUCAGCCGAACAGCACCGGAAUCCCAGUCCUAAUAAUAAUAAUGAUAAUAAUAAGCAUAAAACAAAUGACUUUGAAUUCAAUUCGUGGAUCCCUUUCCUAUCAAACCCUCAUUUGAAGCCGUCGGAUGCCGUGCGACGAGAGGAGGGGAGGCGUGAUAUACAGGACUUGGAUGUGAUUCAGAAAUACCUGAAUUCAAUGGGAAGGCCUGACUAUAACGACGAGAUUAUCGCCACAUAUCUAUCGUGUAAUGGAAUGCUCAGCGAUUCCAACCAAUGUCUGGAGAGACUUACCUGUCAGUACUCAGACACCACCGGUCCUCUCAAACCCAUGGAAAAGGAUGUCUCAUCUCUGGUUAUUUAUUCGCUUCUGAAGAACGAACACAUCGACAAUGGGUUUAAGAGUCGCCUCCAAAGGGCGGCUUUCUAUGGAAAAGACAAUCCGGGAAAA